AUGCUGGCUGGCCCAAGCUCCUCCGUUCAACCUUUCCGCAACCUAAACUUCCUCCAAAUCUACCACCAGCAAAACAACAACAACACCACCAUCAACACAACCCCUCUACCAACCAACCAACCUCCUCCCAAAAGAAACCCCUCCAAGACACACACAGGGGAGAGAGAGAAAGAAAGAAACACGAAAAUGGACCCCCCGCGAAAACCAAUCCCAACAACAACACACCUAAAACCACCCCCUCACCACACGCCGCGCCCAACCUCCACAACAACACCAAGCUCAUCCAUACCACCACGCGCCCCCGUAACCGCGCACCCCAGCUCUACAAUUGCCGAAUCCUCCAUAUUCCAAGGCACGCACCCGAUCUCGAUCGGCGCGGGGACAGUCAUCCACCCGCGAACGCGAAUCUACUCGUUCCACGGACCCGUCAUCAUCGAAGAACGGUGCAUUAUUGGCGAGAAGAGCGUUUUGGGGACGCCGCCCACCAACAUCACCAGUCACAGCUCCUCGGGGACUACGGGAUCAGGAAUUGGGGCUAGUGAAGACAGCAGUGGUAUACCGAUCACACUCUCAGCAAACGUAACGCUCGGACCCGGCGUGACGGUGCACGCGGGCACGCGGCUACAAACAGGGGUAUUAGUGGAAGCGCUGGCGACGAUCCAUCGACGGGUGACGAUCGGGGCGCAUUCAAAGGUGUGUGCGGGCUGCGACGUAUCUGAGAACACGGUGCUGAAGGAAUGGAUGGUUGUUUGGGGGUCGGCGGGGACGGGGCAGCGACGGAGAGUUCGGGCGAAGGGGAAGAUGAGUUCGGUGACGGCGGCGGCGCAGGGAAUACAGGCUCUUGAGGCCGGGGUGAUUGAGGAGGCCAGGUUGAUGGUGUUGGAUAAGGAGAGAGAGGCGUUGGCGAGGUUGAUUGGGGCGUCGGCGAGUUCGGGGAGACGGAGGUAA